AUGCAGACUGUCUUUGAGGACGGCGAGGGUUCGCUGGAGUCCUUUGCAGCCUCGUGCCUUCUUCUGAGAGAUCAACUCGCGCGUGUGACUGACAAUGAAGGUCGAGCGUUUGACAGUUUCUUCCAGCUUCUCUGUGACGUCUCGCCGCUCCCAGGUGAACUGACAGACGAGGAAGAAACGGUCAAAGUUGUUCUCCACGACACGAGAGAGAUUCGUGGGAACCUCGUCGCCGUCGAUGCAAAAGGAAAUCUCCUACUCCAGAACUGUAGAAUGAGGACGUGUGUGAGAUACCGCGAUGAGAAUGGGAGACAUGACGAGGACUGGCGAGAAUGCCUAAUUCCCGUUCCUCUUGUUUGUCCGGCCUCUCGCGUCAAAGCCUUCAAAGCGCGGCUUGACUGCCUCCUUUCCAUAUCUGCUACAAUGCAAAGCAAUAUGGUGAACGAAGACAAGUAG